AUGGUUAACCCUAAGCCUGGAACCCUACGCCAUGCUGUGAUUCAAAAAGGACCCCUUUGGAUAACCUUUUCACGUAGCAUGGUAAUCAGACUCAACCAGGAGCUUAUGGUAGCUAGUGACAAAACCAUUGAUGCCAGGGGAGCCAAUGUGCAUAUUGCUGGAGGAGCCGGUAUUACUAUCCAAUUUGUAAAAAAUGUGAUCAUCCAUGGCCUUCACAUUCACGACAUUGUUGCGGGAACGGGUGGACUCAUCAGGGAUUCGGUGGACCACUAUGGAUUGAGGACUAGAAGCGACGGAGAUGGGAUUUCAAUCUAUGGAUCCUCUAACGUUUGGAUCGAUCACGUUUCCAUGUCCAAUUGCCAAGACGGGCUUAUUGAUGUCAUCAUGGGAUCAAGUGCCAUCACCAUUUCCAACUGCCAUUUCACUCACCACAACGAGGUGAUGUUGUUCGGCGCAAGUGAUACCUACUCUGAGGAUUCUAUAAUGCAAGUUACAGUUGCCUUCAACCACUUUGGUAGGGGAUUGGUGCAGAGGAUGCCUAGGUGCAGAUGGGGAUUCUUCCACGUUGUCAAUAAUGACUACACCCACUGGCUCAUGUAUGCCAUUGGUGGUAGCCACGCACCCACCAUCAUCAGUCAAGGCAAUCGAUUUAUUGCUCCUAAUAACACUUUUGCUAAGGAGGUGACCAAGAGGGACUACGCAACAGAGAGCGAGUGGAAGAAAUGGAAUUGGAAAUCCGAGGGUGAUCUCAUGAUGAAUGGAGCAUUCUUUGUCCCAUCGGGGAAUCCUAGGACUUCAAGCAGGCAGUUCUCAAAGUUGGACAUGAUCAAAUCGAAACCAGGAACAUUUGUGACCAGGCUCACUCGCUUUUCGGGUUCACUUAACUGCUUCAAGGGAAAGCCUUGUUAG